CACACAUUAUUGGAUCUGUCCUGUCUUGUCCUAUAUAUAAAGUGAUAACAUUAAACCCUAGUUUCAGUCUUUGCCGCUCUCCGCCGUCUACCUCCAGUAAUCGACAGCAAUGGCACCCAAAAGGGGAGUGAAAGCAGUCACGAAGAAGAAGACGGAGAAUGUUACGAAUCCAUUGUUUGAGAGAAGGCCAAAGCAGUUCGGUAUCGGAGGUGCUUUGCCUCCAAAGAAGGACUUGACUCGUUACAUCAAAUGGCCCAAGUCCAUCCGUCUCCAAAGGCAGAAGCGUAUCCUCAAGCAGAGGCUCAAGGUCCCUCCUGCUUUGAACCAGUUCACCAAGACUCUUGACAAGAACCUCGCAACCCAGCUAUUCAAGGUUCUCAUGAAGUACAGGCCAGAGGACAAGGCCGCUAAGAAGGAUCGUCUUUUGAAAAAGGCCCAAGCCGAGGCUGAGGGCAAGCCUUCUGAGUCCAAGAAGCCCAUUGUCGUCAAGUAUGGUCUCAACCACGUGACUUACCUCAUCGAGCAGAACAAGGCCCAGCUUGUUGUCAUUGCUCACGAUGUUGACCCCAUCGAGCUCGUCGUCUGGUUGCCUGCUCUUUGCAGAAAGAUGGAAGUGCCUUACUGCAUUGUCAAAGGCAAAUCUCGUCUCGGAACGGUGGUUCACCAGAAGACUGCUGCUUGCUUGUGUUUGACCACUGUCAAGAACGAGGACAAGCUCGAGUUCAGCAAAAUCCUUGAAGCCAUCAAGGCAAACUUCAACGACAAGUACGAGGAGUACAGGAAGAAGUGGGGAGGAGGUAUAAUGGGAUCCAAGUCUCAAGCCAAGACCAAAGCUAAGGAGAGGGUUCUUGCCAAGGAGGCUGCCCAGAGGUUGAACUAAGCAGAGCAUCUCAUGAUGAUUAUGAUUGUUUUGUUUAGCUGUUUCAUGGAAUGUUUCGAAACUUUUUGCUAUUAUUAUCGAUGUUGCACACUUCAGGAUAUUAUUAUGCUGUUUCUGUUAAGACAUUUUACUUAUGAGAUUAUUUUCUUAUUUGCUGA